GCAAAUAGCAAAUUGGAUGUACAUGUAUCUGGGUUUUUGGGCGUAGUCUCAGAUCACCACGAGACGGCGUUGAGGCAGGAUGUCUUUCCCCCAAUCUGCUGCCGGCUGCUGAAGUUUGUGAUUACAAUGUGUGCAGAUAGAGGAAGCUCAAUAGGGCCAGUCCUACAGCUCGAGAUGUGUGUUUUGCAUGUGUGGCAAUACACAUUAUUUGCUGUAUGAAACACCAUCCUUAUGGUGAUAUUCAAACCAAGCAGAGUGAAGAGUGACAUGAGGACUAGGGAGAAAAGCUAGAGGAAAUCUAAAAGCAACAAUGGAACACCCCAUCCAGGUUCUGCACCAUCAUCACGGUGAAGGAGAUCAAUUGGAUUCAUCUAACGGACCAGCAAUCGGGGCAAGUCUACUCGGUCAAUGGCACGCAUUCAGAGGGAGACCAAUCAGAGAUGAGUUAAACAUGGAAUAUCAUCGUCAGUUGGACCAUGUGGCUGUGUGGAUCGAUAGGUGGAGUCAUGAACAGAAAUGUUCCAUUUUGGAAGGUAUUCUGACGAGAAGUAAUUACAGCCAGUUUGGGUUUCUGUGGACGAGUCUUCAGCCCACACUCCAUAGGGAUUUUAUGUACACUUCACAACAGCUGUAUCCACACCAUCGGUUCACACCCAUUAGCUCUCAUGUGAGCAGAGAAACACGAGCACGAAGAGCGGUCAGAAACUAUUUUCAUGUUGGAAGCGCCCAUUUGCAGAGGAGAAGGGAUGUAACGAUGUGUAAUGCAGAAACUGACUUCGAUGAACCUUCAAUGAGAAAUGACGUUCAGAGCGGGAAAACCUCUCUUCCAAGACGUAUCUUGAUGACAAGAAGUACCACCAACAUCAAGUUACCAAGCAUCCAUUCAAAGAGUCACCGUAGCAACCGAAAUAAUCCACUCAGCAAAUCUGCCCCUGCAAGUGUCAGGAGGUUCACUGAUGAUUCUCCAGCAGUCCGUCGGCACAUGCAGGACAGACCAAGACCCAAUGCGUCGAGUGAUGUCCCAAAAGACUACAGUCCAGUCACAUUACAAAACCUUCCUCAACUUACAAAGUCAUUGACUCAAGUACAGAUCAGCAGAUCCAGACCAACUAUGUCGGGUACCUCGCCUAGAAAUCUUCCACCUAUUCCUGUUGUACCAGAUGAAGCGUGGCAGCUAUACCAUUGGUAUGAAGAGUGCUGGAAUGAUGUCCAAAGGAAUGAAUUCUUGCACAAACUAUUGAAGAGGUUGGAUUCCAGACAGCUGUAUUUUCUCUGCAGUUCACUGGCCUUGAAGCAGUCACAUGACUUCAUUAGCCUCCUUCCCGAGCCGCUCGCACUUCGUAUUCUUCAGUACCUCUCCCCUCAGAGCCUCUUGGUGGCAGCAUUGGUCAGUCGGACAUGGUGUUAUUUGGCGAGUCAUGAUAACAUAUGGAAAGUCAAAUGUGACCAUGUUGAUAUUGAAAUUCCCUUGCCAACCAGUAACUUUAGGUGGAAGACGGUUUACCGAGAUAAUGUUUUUCUCAGACAGAACUGGGAGUCCGGUAAUUGUAAACAAAUUGAUGUCAGAGGUCAUACAGCAAAGGUUCUAUGUGUUACGUUUGACGGCAGUACAAGACUUGCCAGUGGGAGUAAAGAUGCUUCCAUUAAGAUAUGGGAUAUCCACACCGGUAGCCUGCUUCAGACGUUAAAAGGACACAAGAAGGGAGUCUGGUGCCUUAGCUUCUUCACACGCUACCUCUUAGUCAGUUCUUCCUUUGAUGGGACAGUGAAAGUCUGGAACCUACGCAGUGGUGUCUGCACACGGACUAUGUUCGGUCACGACGGACCAAUCUGGGCAAUGGCGAGGCAAGAUUACUGGCUGGUCACAGCGUCACAAGACAGAACGCUGAAGCUUUGGGAUCUUCGGACAUGUCUAUUGGAGCAUACAUUAGUGGGACACACUCAAGCAGUAUUCUGCGUCGAUAUGGACAAAGAAUGCACAAUGAUUUUAUCAGGCUCAGCUGAUAGGACCAUUCGUGUUUGGAGUGUAGAGACAGGUCGCUACACAAAAGUCAUCUGGGCUAGUCAGUCGACAUCCAUCAUGAGUUUGAGAUAUCACCGUGGUUACUUCACCUGCGCUGUUGGGGAGGUUGUCUCUCUCUGGAGGCUAGAAACAGCCAGUUGUAUCAAGACGUUCGAAGAACAUGAUAAACGGGUUGAGAGUGUUGGGUUGCGUGUGGACGAUACAAGUGACCCUGACGUACCAAAAGGGUUUUUGGUUACUGCUGGUCAAGAUGGAAUGGUCAAGUACUGGAACCUAGAUAGCGACAGCAGCAACCAUACCCUGCACAGUGGUACUCAGAUCAACAGUAUCUACUUUGAUGAGACCAGGAUUAUUGGAGCCUGCUCUGACUAUAAACUCAAGAUCUGGAACUUCAACACGUCUGGUUGAGUAAAGUAAACAAAAAUUAAGCUGGCAUUUAUAUACACUGUAUAGCCUUGUUCAAGGCGGCUUCGUUUUUGGCUUCAUGGUACGAGGUUGAAAAACCCACAGUGUCAAGUACUGUCUACCAAAUACCCAGUACCAUGCCAGUAUAUAUGCAGUUCGUCGUCCAACGCUACGUGGUGAAUUCAUAGCUGGCCAGUGCUUGCGUAAAGAGCCUUGGACCGUUGUACGAGGUUAAAAAACAUCAAAACACCAUGCUUCAACCUCGAGGUAUCAAAUACUAUAUAUCAAAUACCCAGUACUGUGCAAGUAUGUAUCUAUGCAGUUCGUCGUCCAACGCUAUGUGCUGAAUUCAGAGCUGGCCAGUAAUGCGUAAAGAGCCUUGGACCGUUGUACGAGGUUAAAAAAACCAUGCUUCGACCCGCCGGUACGCUUACAAGG